UCAAGUGUUUGUGAUGUACUCCACCAAAUUAGCUUCACAAAUUCUCCUACAAAAAUGGAGUAUAUUUCACGUUUUUCUCCUCUUGAUCACUUGUUUAAUUCUCUUCUUCGUUCUCAUUAAACCAUACAUUUUAAAUUCUUCAUCGUCAUCAUCUUCAGUCUAUUUGGUUGACUUCGCGUGCCUCAAACCACCAAGCUUCUGCAGAGUACCUUUCUCCACCUUCCUCGAAAACGCCUCAAAGUUCCGAUCUUUCGACUGCGAGAGCAUGGCUUUCAUGGCCAAAAUCCUCUCUUCUUCAGGCCAAAGCGAAGAGACCUUUCUCCCACCAGCCCUACACUACAUCCCACCAAAAAUCCACCUCCAUGAAUCUAUCAAAGAGGUCCACAUGUCACUCUUCACCGUCAUGGACGACCUCUUAGCCAAAACCAACCUCUCUCCGCAAGACGUCGACGUACUUAUCGUGAACUGCAGCGGAUUCUGCCCCUCUCCUUCUCUCUCCUCCAUUGUCGUUAACAAAUACGCCAUGAGAAGCGACGUCAAGAGCUUCAACCUCUCCGGCAUGGGGUGUAGCGCAAGCGCUCUAGGGAUAGACUUGGCUCAAAACCUUCUUAAAAUCCACGAAAACUCAAACGCCAUUGUUCUCAGCACGGAGAUCUUGUCCCCCGGAUGGUACUCCGGCAAUGAAAAGCCCAUGUUGCUUCUCAACUGCCUCUUUCGAAUGGGAAGCGCAGCGAUAUUGUUGACCAACAAGAAAGAAGCAAAAACUGUUUCAAAGUACGAACUUAUCAAAACCCUAAGAACCCAAAGGGCCUUCGAAGACAAGGCUUAUCUCUCAGCCAUACGCGAAGAGGAUUCAAACGGAAACCUAGGAGUUACUCUCCGAAGAGACUUACUCCAAGUCGCCGGAGAGACUCUCCGUUCGAACGUCGCCGUCCUGGGGUCGUCGAUACUGCCGCUAAAAGAGAAGCUCCGUUACGGCGUUUCGGUUCUUAUAAGGCGUUUUUUGGACAAGUCUUGUGAGAUUUACGUGCCGGAUUUCAAGACAGUGAUAGAGCAUUUUUGCUUGCCGACUUCGGGAGGUCCGGUUAUAAAGGAGAUCGCGAAAGGUUUGAGGCUUGGAGAGAGAGAUAUGGAAGCUGCUCUUAUGACGCUUCACAGGUUUGGGAACCAGUCUUCUUCUUCGCUUUGGUAUGAGUUAGCUUACUUGGAGGCUAAAGAAAGGAUCAAGAAAGGUGACAAGGUUUGGCAACUUGGGAUGGGGAGUGGGCCUAAGUGCAAUAGUGUUGUAUGGAAGUGUGUCAGGCCCAUUGUUGGAGAGUCCAAUAAGAGCCCAUGGGCCGACUGUAUACAUAGGUAUCCAAUUGUGACCAGCCAUUAA